AUUUGGUACAAAAUUCUUCAAGUGAGUACUGAUUCCCAAUUAAAGCCUUUUUUCCUUAUCUUUUUAAAUAAUUCUGCUUUACACUACUCCAAAGCUCUCUCUCUCUGUUCUUCUUCUUCUCUCCUUCUCUCUCGGCCAUGAGAGACUUCUAGAGAGAGCUGGAUCAUGAAGAAAACAAUCCGGUGCUGCAUCUCUUGCAUUCUACCGUGCGGAGCACUAGACGUGAUCCGCAUAGUACACGCCAACGGCCGCGUGGAAGAGAUCAGCGGCACAAUCCGCGCGAGCGAGAUCAUGAAGGCACACCCAAAGCACGUCCUCAAGAAGCCAUCCUCACCGUCCGAUGACCGUGUGGCCCCCAAAAUCGUUAUUGUACCUCCCGAUGCCCAACUUCAACGUGGAAAGAUCUAUUUCUUGAUGCCGGUCGCUCCCGCACCGGAAAAAAUGACCAAAUCAAGAUCGUCGAGAAAUAAGAAGGGAAGAGAGAAUAACGGCAACAGUAAAAAAGUGAACGGGAGUGGUGGCAAUAACGUAAUUCCGCUGUCGAACGUGGUGGUUUCCGAUGAUCAGUAUUUGAGUGAAAUACUCUCAGAGAAGCAAUCAACACAGAAGGAUCGAAGGAGAGGGCGUGUGGGUGUAUGGCGGCCUCAUUUAGAGAGCAUAUGUGAGUCGCCAAAUGGCUCCUUUAAGUAAUUAUCAGUUACUUCCGUUUGUUUUCAUAUAUUAUAUAAUUCAUUUUGGAGGCUUUCUUACUUCUAUUUUAGGGUUCAGAUUGCUUGCUUCUUGAGUUCUUUCUUCUUUGUCUAAAAAGAUUAAUUUUCAGUCCUUUUUUUAGACAAGAAAAUGGAUCAAGACCAAAGUAAUAAUUUAGAGAAAUAAAAAUUGGGUUGUGGUUUGAUUUAUAGCCAGAACUGGGAUUGAUCGAGUAAUUUUAUAAGUUUCAUUGAAGUUUCACCUUAGUACUUCGAGUGUCAUGUAAGUUUGUAAUUAAUUUUGUAUCUUCAAAUGGAUAGAUAAAUAAGAGAAGUUAAAAUGAGUUUGUUU